UCCCCAGUUUUCAAAAAUAAAGAAGAAAAGAAUAGUCCCGUCUCUCUACACGUGACAAGAACCCCUCAAGUAGCUUUAAAAUUUUUGACAAGAAAGAAUCGCAAAAUUCGAGGGAAAAAAGAGAGGAAAGAAAAAGGUCUGGGAGAAGGAAAAUGUUCAGUUCUACUUUUGCUGUCGCGCCUAUAGAGAAUCAUAGUAGUUGUAUAAAACUGUGGUUCCAAAGGAAAUUGGGUGACGUGACGAGAGAUGUGACUACCUUUUGCUAACUUUACGAAACUAGAAAGGUCACACCCGACAAAUCGCAUAAAACGUGUUGAAACGAUUAGCAUCAAAAAUUUGUUCUAAAAAAAUGAAGAAAGCAGCGUGAUGACAGAUCAUGUUAUGAUUACGACUUAGCAGAGGUGACCUUUAUGCCUACCUGGGAGACCAGCCUCCGAUGAAGACUGUAUUGAGGCUCCUCACGUGGGAGAGGAAUGUUAGCGUGACGAGCAUGUACACGUACGCUUAAUUAAGUCGAGGCGACAGAAUGUUUUUCAAGAGGGGUUUCUUUGAUUAUUUUGACGCAGUGCUGAACUGCUUUAAAAUCAUUUCUCGAGUACUUUGGUUCAGUAGCAGAUAAAUACAGGGUAAUAUGAAAACUUCCUGAACACUGGCCAGACAGGAUCAGACAGAGAUUUGUUUGCAAGCAGCUUAGGUCGAGGACAACGAGUGAAGUUGAUCUAAAAGAGUCAUGAGAGGACGUGUCAGGGCUGACAGAGAUGGAAAUUAACAGUCCUUAAUUACCGGUUUAAAAUCACACGACAUUUGGGCUUGAAUUUCUAGCAGCUGAACAUUUGUCUUGAAGGCAUAACAGGGAUAUAAAGGAUAAAGAUGAGAUUGAACAAAAUGUCAGAACUCGAGCCAGUUUGUAGUGACGUGACCGUGAUCGGAGCUGGUUGGUCAGGCCUUAUGGCGUGUAAAUACAUGCUAGAAGUAGGGUUGACUGCUGUGGCGCUGGAGAAACGCUCAGACAUUGGAGGCCUGUGGUGUUUUACAAAGGAUCCUAACAUUGUCACAGUCAUGAGAUCCACAAAAACAACCUCUUCAUCAUCCGUGACAGAAAUGUCGGACUUUCCAAUGCCGGACGAGAUUGGGGCGUUCCCUAAGCACGCCGAUAUCUUGGCAUAUUUGAAAUCCUAUUGUGAUGAAUUCAACUUGUGGCCUCACAUUCGUUUAGGUCACGGCGUGAAAGAGGCGAGGAAAAAAGACAACUUAUGGCGAGUGGACUGCGACAACGGUCGUGCUUUCAUAAGCAAGUUCUUGAUCGUUUGUACAGGUUGCGUGCAGAAGCCGAAUCGGGUUCUGGAACGCACUCUAUUACAGGAUUUUGAAGGUGAAAUCUACCACAGUUCUAAGCUGAAAUCCUUUGUCCCUGGGCACAAGGGAAACCGCGUGAUGGUAAUUGGAGGAGGAGAGACAGCCAGUGACGUGGUAGAGGAAUGGUGUGACCAUGUUGAUCGCCUUAUUUGGAGUAUACCACGUGGAAUGCAUUUCUUCCGCAAGUUUGCCAAGAUCUUACCCAAUCGCAAACCUCAAGCAUUGGACAAAGCAUCGUCCCGAGUGAUGAAAUUUAUUGCUCCUUACACGAAAGGAAAGCCAGGCUUGGCAUGGGUAUGCAAGUGGACAGCAAGUGGUUCACUGCUUGCUUAUCAAGGUCACGGCAUUUCCGAAUGGAAAAAUGACGCGCAGUUUUUCCACUUCAUCAUCAACAAGAAUGGACACGUGCUUGAUAGGGUUGACUACAAGCACUGUGUCCCCAAAGGUGCAAUCAGUAGUGUAAAUGGAAAGAAAGUAGUAUUCUGUGACGGCACAGAGGAGGAGGUAGAUGUUAUCAUCCAAUGCACAGGUUACAAAGCAGAAUUUCCCAUGCUUCCGUCGGAGAUUAGCACAGUACCUCUCACCCAUAAUUACAAAUACUUGUUUAACGUCGAGGACCCAACGCUGGCCUUUAUCGGCUACGUUCGGCCGGUGCUCGGUUCAUUCAUUACACUAGCCGAAAUUCAAUCCUUAUUCACAGCGAAAGUUUUCUCGGGCCAGUGUGAGCUGCCUUCCAGAGACGAAAGACAGAAAACGACUUUGAAGGACAAGCUAUUCUGGGAUGACUACUUCAAAUAUUCCUCUCGAAGAUUGUCGACACUGGUCGAGGCUUACACUUACGGCGACGACCUCCUUAAAAUAUCUGGCGUCUUUCCCGAUUACUGGGAAUUGUUUAAACGAAAUCCCCGUGGAGCAAUGACGGCGUUGUUCGCUCCAUAUGAUGGGUGUUCAAUGCGUCUCAACGACCCACAACGCCAAGAGAAGGUGUUACAACACCUGAGUAAAGUAUCGUCCGGUACCUUCACUCCAACACAUCUGCUACUAAUCCUAUUCAUGCGUUUCGUCUGGUUCGACUUCUGGCUUGAUGUCCUUGGCAAGAUCAAGUACAGAAUUCAAUGUGCAGGAUGGUGGAAGAGAAUCCGAGAUUCACGAGGCGUGCGCUUCUUAGACUGGUGCUGGCAGACGCCCAAGAGAUGGUUGUUUGAUACUAAAACAAGAGCCUAACAAUUUUCUCUCAUUUGCGGCCGUUGUUUAGGGUGUCACUCAAGUUUCCUCCCCGAACAACUGUUGUUUGUUGACUGAAAGAGCUGCUGAGAAUACUUUAGAGGCGUCCAAGAUAUACAGCUUGUAAACUCAAUUUCAUAACUACAACAUGUUAAAGGCCACGACUUGAAGUGUAAUCACGACUUUGUUUAGCGGUGAUGAUUUACUGUCCUAACCUUUAUACACAUAUUAAUUAUAUAUUGAUUACCUAUUUCUUGUAACCAUUAUAAACCAAAACCAUAACACACGCCGAUAACAAACUGAUAGUUCUAACUUGUUGAAAAGAAUUAAUAUCAAACCAGAAUAAAAUAAUAUAAUGCCUGAUAAGGGUGAUAUAAAACAAACAGCUCAGUUUUGUAGAGCCUGUCGCAUCUACCAAUUCCGUUGCUACAUUUGGAGAUUCGCUACUCUCGGGUAAUCGUUACUUUAGAAAGUUUAAGGUAUUUGAAUUUAGCUUAAAAAUUAACACAAGGAAUAGGGAAUCUGCCACUGCCAAUCGAUGCGUUUUAUAGGUGUGUGUAUAUAAAUAUGAGGAUGUUCUGGCGCUGAUCAGUAGGAUUUGAACCUACAAAACCUCUGAAAUUGAUCUUCUGUUUCUAUACAGACUGAUAUACAAGGCUGGAGCGGCUCGUGGAUACAACACUCGAUGAUUUCUCUGUUAUUUCAUUUAGUUAAAAUUCAGUUGUUUCUAAUCUGUAUAUUAAGAAUCGGUACCGCUACCAAAGAAACGGUUUUUGUCACAACUGAAUACAACUGUGAAGUAGUUAAAAUGGUUAAAUAAUUAAAGACGCUUAGCAUGCAGUACUUAAACAAGGGAUCGUUUAACAACAAUAAAUCACGUUUCAUAUUUUGAGAGUUACAUGAUUUCCUCAAGUUGAGAAUCUGCUUUAGAAAAAGUUCUCUUUCUAAAUUUCUACAAUGUAUAUGUCUAAAAGCUACCAUUGUUUAACAAAUGAUGCUACAAUAAUGGUAUCGCAAAAAUUUAUGCCCAAUCAAAGAUUUAUAACAGGUUACCAUAGCAACAAUACAGCCUGUUAAAAAUACCCUUAAUUUUAGCUUUAAGGUGGCUUACUACAAUUCUGAUGGAUUAAAAGAGUGCAACUUUUAUUACCUCUUAUGAAAGAUGUUUUUCCUUUCUCUAAUAAUUACUUUCUUUAGUAUUUUACCAAUAUACGUGAUACUCUAACAAUUUAAAUGCUAACAAAUAGCCAAAUAAUAGCUAAUAAACAGCAUAGGAGAGACUGGGCACGAGGUCUAAUCACGUUUUUCUCAAAUUCUACCCUUGUGACCCCACCUUAACAAUUGGCUCUGUGUUAAUCAUUUAUGCAAAGUAAAAUAGAAAUCUGUAAAGCAGAUUUUUCGAAAACAAAGAAAAUGUGAGAUUUUGCCUCUUUCAAAAACAGCUCAAAAUCUGUCUCAGACUUUUUUUUAAAAUUUUAGCUCUGAACGCGAUUCACUCCUACAUAUCAACUGUGAAAAUUUCAUCAUGGGUUAUACGGUCGGUUUUCGCGGACAAAUCGUGGAUCAAAGACAAGUUUUUACAACCUUGCGCGGGAAUUGAAUUACGCAUGCCCUUUACUAAAGCGCGCGCUCAUGUGAGGCUAUGUAUCAGGUGCGAGAAAGCAAGAGUAAAUUAGAACUCUUUACCAAUGGUUUAUCUUUCUUUUUAUGUCAUAUUUUAUCGAUCCAAAACUUAAACGCAUGUUUGAAAGCAGUUUUACACUAUUGCUACGUACACCAAAGUGGUUUAACGCGAUUCAAGUGCUGAGGUUGUUUUCGUUUCUUCGUACGGUUACUUGCGUCAUUUUUUUGCUCGCGCGACUAAUACUGACGUCUGGCAGGCAAUCGUAGCACGCGCUAUCUAGUGUCAGACAAACUGUAGUAAUCCAUCUUAAGCGCUUGUAACUCAAAAACGAGCUCGGUGACCCCCAUUUUUAUUAUCGAAUUGUGAUAAGCAUGAUAAGAUGCAACUUUUUACAGGGUUUAAAGAAAUUCUCUGGAGAGAGUUCAGAGCCACCUUAAAUUUCGAAAAUUUAAGGUGGCUCUGGACCCCCACCAAACAAAAAGUUU